CAUAAGAUUAUAUCACAAUCGAAAUCACAAAGCACAAACCUCAAUCCUACCACAUUUACCAUAUUUAUUUCAUAAAGCCCGUAAACUCCAAUCCCAUCACAUACCCAACAUCUAAUCAAAAUGAGCGAUAUCACUUCUUCUCCCGAGGAACCACCCCAACAAACUGCCGCAGGAAUCGCUCUAUCCCGAUCCAGCAGCUUAACCCUAAUCCUCGAUACACCCAAAGGUCAGUCAGUAUCCAUAUCCAUAUCCAUCUCCAAGCCAAAACAAAUAACCAAUACGUACCACCCACCAUCAAAUUCCCCACCCACCUACCCAUCCAUCAACCCUUCCAACUCCCCAUACCCAAUUCCAUCCCCAAAAAACCACAGCUCACUAACCCUCCCCCAACCUCCACCAGGCCGCGGAAUAUUCGCAUCCAAAGCCAUACCUGCACACACCAUCCUCGAAGUAUGUCCUGUCCUCGUUCUCGAUCCCGCCGAGAACGAAACACACAUUAGAAAAACAGAAUUAUAUCAUUAUACCUAGUGAGUUUUCCCCCCUUACCCUCCGUCCUUCCCCUUUCCCUUCUCGCUUGUAUCAUCUCCACAUGUAGUUAGUUCUAUACUAUAUACCGUAUACUGUAUAAACUCUUCAAUAAAAGAUAGGAAAAGCCCGUCCCAGCAUUCUGGUUAGUGAAAAGAGCCUGUCUUUACAAUUCACCCUCGUAGAAACUAAGUACAUGUUCUGGUUCAAAUGAUCUAGACUUUGGUUGUAUCACUAUCGACAAUCUAAUUCACUGGCUGGGACGAGUGGUAAAACCUUCAAGUGCUUAAAAAGUUUAGACUUAUUCCAUCUUCUAUUGCUGAGUCUAUACGGUAUAUGUGAUUAUGUAAUUUUAGAGGCAGGUUUUGCUGAUGAGGAGCGAUUCUAGUAAUUGGCCUUAUACGCCCAAGACUCAAAGCUCAUGUGAGGGCACAAAUGGAGCCUCGAAGCCGCCGACGACGAGCCAGGCUGUUAUUCUUGGGUUAGGUAGCAUGUUUAAUCAUUCCACAUUACAUCAAAAUGUUGGGUGGAAAAGGGACGUCAAAAAUCUCCUCGUGACUUACACUGCACUGAGGGAUAUCAAAGAAGGAGAGGAAUUGUGCAUAUCAUAUGGAUCAAGGUUAACAUUUAAGGACACCGAAGAAGACGCAUUAAACGAAGUUGAGGACGAGAACGAGAUAUUUAGUAAAAUUGAGUUGAUUGAUUGACCAUUCCUUUCCCGUUUUUAUGCACGAUUAUACCUAUGUGAUUGAAGUUUGUUUACAGGGUGUUGUACAAUGCCCUGUGCCAAAUGUACUCUAAACCUUGUCAGUACGAGACAAGUAUCCAUAAUUUCCGCGAUGAACACCCUUGGAGCAAUUGCA